AUGUCGUCCUCGUCCAGCAACCAACCCGCGCGCAACGACCAGUCGCGGCUCCCAGAGGCUUUCUCUUUGGAGGAGCUCGGCGACUGGCUUCCGUCGAUAGGAGUGGUAGACGAGGGAGAGCCGAUUUCCAGCCUGGUCAUGGCGAUGGCGGACUCGACGCGCGACGUGGCGCAGACUAUGGGGCGGCGUACCCAGAAUGACUUGACCGCCGUCAGCUGGCGCAACGUCCAGCGUCCGCCCGUGCCGGUGUCGAGGGGUGCUGUUUACACGCCCGGCAUGACGCAGGACUGGCUACCGCAAGGAGGUCGGGUGGUGAUCCCUUGGCAGGACCUCGAUCCUCGUCCACACCACAAUCCGAGGAUUAUCUUCCGUAAUGCGGAAGUCGCUCAGCCUCCUGCGGGCGCAUACGUUCGACGCUUCUUCGGGGAGCAGUACGCACCCCAGUUCCCGCGACCUGUUACUUACUGGCCGAGCGCGCCGUGGCGUGCACUCACCUACGGCGCGGUGGGCGACCUCGAGCGUAGCGUGGUUUUCGACCACGACGGCGACCGGCACCGAAUCGUCGGCACGCCCGACCGGGCAUGCCUACUUCCAGGUGCACUGGCCGCCAUUCACUUAUGCGCGCGAGAAGUCGCUGCCCUGGUCAUUGGGGCAAGUAUCCUGUUGCAGCCACUGGGGUUCAGGGCGCCGGAUACGUUGGCCGUAGCGUCAGGCGGAGAGUUGUUGCGGGAACGUUCGGCCGUGUCGCUUAUGAGCGACAUAGACGAGUGGCGCACGGAGAUCGUAAACCUCCUCAGCUUCGUCCGAUUGGCGGCGGAAUUCGUGCCCGGGCAAGCUCAUCGACUAGCACCGCCCGGCUGGAUGAACCCGGUCAGGCCGGAAGCGUCCUUCGCGCAGACGUUGGUCUACUGGGGAGCGACGGAAAUGCCGACAGUCAGCUUCGCUUUCGACGUCUCGGCUCCUCUGCACUCGUUGCCGCCGCUCAGCUGGCUUGCAAGUAGGGGAGUUAACUACAGGUGGUAUUGGCCGUAUUCGAUAACCGUACCACCUGCCAUCAUCCCCGCCCACAUAGCCGCUUUCAACCCCGACGCGUCGCCCUACCACGAUCGACGUCCAGCGCCGUCGUAUCUUGACGUAUUGCGAGAGCAGCACAGGCAGAAUGAUAAUACGAGGCGCUCCAUUAUCCACUUCGACCAAUUGCAACAGGAGGAGAAUGAGCGCUCAGCCCGGGAGCGCGAGCCGUACCGCGAUCUGGGGCAGCUCAUUCUCUUACGAGGAGAAGCCAGGCGACUUUUCAACGCUGCGUAUGUUCCAGGCUUGCAACCAGGACGAGGGGUGAUCCAGCCCUGGGCGAGAGUCGACGGGCCACCAGCGCGCGGUCAGGCGAUCACCAGCAACUGGAUCGAACGCUUCCGACAUGUACGCGACUGGCCCGAGCCGGGCUUCACGACCUUCCUCGGCUGGGCACAUCCGGAUGGCACUAGAGUGUCGCGACAGGAGGCUGAAGAGCAUGUCGAAAAGCAGUCGAGGAGCAAGAAAAGAGCGAAGGCGCAGCAAGCCGGAGAUGAGGACGAGACCGACGACGAAGUUGCCAUGGACUUAGGAGGCGGUCCGGUUAGGCAAGCAUUCGUUAUACCCGCGGAAGAGGCACCUCCGGCCUGGGACUAUCUGGCAGAGUCUCCCGACUUCGUCGGCCCGCGCUUCAACUUCGAGGCGGACCUUCGCCCAUUACGCGGCGACUUCCCGUCGCACUUCGCGGAGUGGCGCAGGCGACCUGGCUCCAUUAUUCGGCUGCCGCCGCCGCCGACCUCUCGCGCGGCAGGAGUAGUUCGCGCAGGUAGUCGCGAAAGAUCUGCGCGCCCGGCACGGGAUAAGGGCAAAGGUCGUGCACCCGCGCCACCGCCACCGCAAGAGGAAAGAGAGUGCUCUCCUUUGCGGGAACCUUCGCCGAUGGGUCCUCAGGACGACUUCAACAACGAGGAGGCCCAGGCGCGGAUGGACGUCGACGACGAGUUGGAGAGGAUGCAGGAGAACGAGGCAGUUGUGGACCAUUCGAUGACCACGGCCAGGGAUGAAGCGCAAACGAGGUGGGAAGUGAGCGUUCGCGAAGACCCAUCGGUGGCGGGUCCCUCUCGUCUCGGCCGCUCCCCGUCACCAGUACACAACGACGGCUCGGAUGUGGACAUGACACCAGCGCCAUCGUUGCCGAGCACAGCCCGUCCGGUGACCCCAGUGCAGGAUGCCAGCCCAGGGCCUGUGCACUCGCGUACGCCACGGCCACCCCCGCGGGCUCCUCGCACCAUGCGGGAGGCAUCGAGCAGCAGUGACAUGUCGUUGAGAUUGGGGGCACGGCAAAUGUUUUCGGGGGGACGCCCGCAACCGUACGAUCGCCGAGGACGUUCGGACCGUAAGCGCUCUCUAGAACGGCGGAACUCGCCCUCUAGACGCUCGCACUCGCCCAGGAAUCGUCGAUGCACUCCCUUGCCCCCGCCGCAAGUCCGCAGCGCCCAUUGCUGGCGUCACACAGAGAACAUCUCGUCCUCCUCAUCUCAGCGUCCAAGUGUUUUGAGGAGCAGCGGACGUUCGCAUGCCCGCGCUAGCAGCACCCCGACCCCGGCCCAUGUCGCUGCCGCAACAAGCGCUCCGGCCCUGGCCGCGCGCAUCCCGUCAGCGCAGGCCGCGACACCUUGCUCGUCGGUGUCGAAUACUUCGCGGUGGCGGGGACAAGAGGCGCGCAUAGCGGUGGUGCCAGCGGGACCACGCAGGGUGCAUACGGCACUCUUGUCUUACGUUCCCCAGCUCCCAGUAGGGCGCGCGUUGGCCAGUUCUUCGCCGCAAGCCAUUUUGCAGCUUGCCUGGCAGCCGUACGCAGGGCAAGCCGAGAACGUUCAGUUCGUCGACGGCAUUGCCACGUUGAUAGGCGGGGGCACGGCGGGUAAUGCUUUAGCCGACGAUGUGGUCCUUCCUAUCUCGGUGCAAGGUAACGGGUCAGCCAUACGGCUGGGAGUGCCGGCCUUGCUCAUGCGGCGGUACUGUCAACUCGUGCACCCGACCAUGACCGUACGCGAGUUCGUACUCUGGCUACUGCAGCACGGGACACCGUUCGGGUGGGCCCACAUCGCGCCCCCCGCUCAGCCGGAAGUGGCUCUUCCGCUCAUGUUCCAGCCACUCGUGCCUACUUUCACGGAAUGGCGGGGUCGCGUCGAAGCGAUGCUGCAGGAGAAGCCCUACACUCGCGCCUUUGCAUUGGCGGGAGGGAUCGGCUGGCGCUCGGCCCUCUGGGUAGGCGGAUCGGACUACGCUGCGAGAGUCGCCGAAGGCCCAUCCAUCCGAGCACGUCGGCAUGGCGAAGAGCUUGACUGGUGGCAGUAUUAUGUCUGGGACGAGGCCUCAGGAGAGGCGUUCGACAUGCUCGUUGGCCGUAGCGGCUCUUUCAGCCUAUGGCCGCCGCAAGACAUCUGGGACAAUGUCGUGGGCAACGCAGUGUGGUCGCCAGCCCACGAGGGAUGGUUCCAGGCGCGGCUAGCGUCGUUGCAAGGGCCGACGGGCAGCUCAAAUGACCGCGCCGUUGCGGACUACCAAUGGUGGCACGAGAUUCGUCGCGGACGACGCCCUCGCGAGCGCCGCUCUAUUCGCGAUCACACCCCGGCGACCUGGGCCGCGUGGGCGGAGCGUGGCGGGCUGCAACUCACGAACGCUCCCGUCAUCAUUCCUGUCAGUGACAUGCCGCUGUAA